CUUUCUUCCUAUUAAGGGCAUUGUCUGAUAUUCUUGACACUGAAACAUUAAAAGAAAAUCUGGGAAGCAAUGUGCAUCCUUAAGCUGCCAAUAGCUCUUCUUGUACUCUCUUUUGCAGUACACAAGCUGAAAGCUACGCCCAUUGCAAGUGACACCAGCCAUCAUGUGGACAAACGGAAAUGCAACACUGCCACCUGUGCUACCCAACGCCUGACACAUUUUUUGGUUCGUUCCAGCCACCACCUUGGCGCUGUUCUCCCGCCUACUAAUGUGGGAUCCAAUACCUAUGGAAAGAGGAAUGCAGCUGACAUUUUAGACAGAGAACUCCUGCAUUACCUCCCCCUUUAGAGGUCAAUGUCCCUUUCUAGUUCCCAUUUUAUGCAUACUAUACUGUUUUCUUGUACACUUUAACAGUGCCCUUCUCAUUUCUAGUGUAAAAGUGUGAC